AUGAGCUCCGUUUCUUCCUUUGAAGGUAGUGACCAAAAAAGUUUCCUCGAUGGAUCCUCUUCUUCUUUACGCCAUUCCUAUCUUCGCAAGUCUGAUUUAUUAGACACAUUUGAAACAAGCCGUUUACGUGAUAUGGAUACUUGGAGUGUAGCUGCUACGAUUGAUGACCAAGAAUCAGUUAUUAGUGCACACGGUGGUCCUCCCUCUAUUAUCAGCAGUAGUCGAAUGACUAUUGACAGAGAGACAGACGAUGAUCGGUCUACUUUGGACGGGGAGUCCUCUAUCCGAGAACAUUUGCACGAUAUGCACUUGGCUGAUAAUACUCUAGAUGACGAAGAUGACAAGCGCUCUCGAUCUAACGCUGCCGAGUUUGGCGACGACGGUACUCGCUCUGCUACGGCUGACUUUGAUCAUAGUGCUGAAAGUGGAGAUGAAGACAAUGUCGUAGACGACCAAAUUAUGGCACCUCCUCAACCUCAACCAAGUUUUGCUUCUGUCACAAAGUCCUAUGCUGAGUUGUUAGAGGAAAAUGAAAUUCUUCAAUCGCAACUUCGUAGUGCACAAUUAGCACAAAAGAGUCAGGCGGAUAUGAUUGCUAACCUUAGAAGCUUAACUGGUUGUAAUGAUGAAGUGUAUGGUAAGGCUUUAAAUCUUUCUCAUUUAAAGGACGACUCAAAAGAGAAAAAGAAGUCAGUAUCCAGCACACUCCCACCUAUUGUGAAUGCCCGUACACUCACUCAAAAACUAGCUCGACUUGCAGAGACUUUGACUCGGUUUGUGAAUUCAACUGUAGAUGAAGAAUACCGUCUGGAACUUGAACAAUCUCUGUUUAUGCACAUCACACAAUCUUAUUUGAAUUCACUUCCAUUCGGGACUGAAAACCAAGACUUGCUCAACACAGCUUACUCGGAUCAAAUCCAUCGAUUUCAUAAUACAUUAGGCGCUAAUUUUGCAAAAUGGUACCGCAGACAGACAGUACAAUCAUUAUCACUGAAUCCAGCCACAAAAGAGUACCUUCAAGACAUGAGAAACCACUUGACAGAAGAAAUGUUACAGCUAUUAAGCACGAUGCCAAAGACUUCGGGUCGUUCUUUAGAUCAUAUGCAUAUCUGGGAUGAUAUUCUUGAGUUAUGUUCUGCCUUGUCGCUUGAGAUCCAUGGUGGUGAUGCUGACGUAACUGCUCAAUCAAUUGCUGUUGGCAGUAAAUUCGAUGAAGAAAUCAUGGCUUUGGUUGGUCAUUCUACAGUAGACAAAAGAGUCAAGAUGAUGAUUAGCCCAUUAUUUGUUGAUGAAGAAGAAGUUGUCUUGAUGCCUGCUAGAGUUGUCCUUGAAUAAGUCUAAAUUGAGUUUAAAUAAAAAUAUUACAUUUUUUUUCGCAUAAAACCUAAACGUGUG